CUCUCCUCCUCCUCCUCUCUCGUUUGGAUAUCAACAAACCCUAAAACCGUUAAAACCCUCGUCGUCAUCAGUUCAAUUUUUGAUUGGCUCGAAAACGAGAUGGAACAAGAAGAAGAAGCGUCUGAGAUGGAACUGGAGUUGCAAAAUCCUCAACUUUCUUCAGUGAAGAUGUUUGGGCUCAAGAACUCUAUCCAGACCAACUUCGGCUCCGACUACGUCUUCCAAAUUGUCCCAAAAUUCGAUUGGACAGCUAUUGCGGUUUCGUUAUCUACCAACGCCGUGAAGCUUUACUCCCCUGUCACUGGUCAAUACUACGGCGAAUGUAAAGGUCACUCCGGUACCGUCAAUCAAAUUGCGUUUUCCUCUGGCUCGGCCGCGUCUCCUCACCUUUUGCACUCCUGUUCCUCCGAUGGGACCAUUCGAUCUUGGGACACUCGAACUUUUCAACAGGUUUCGUGUGUUGAUGCUGGUAAUGAUCAGGAGAUUUUCAGCUUCUCCUAUGGUGGUGCUGCUGAUCAUCUUUUGGCUGGUGGGUGCAAAGAACAGCUUCUUCUGUGGGACUGGAGAAACUCAAAGCAAGUUGCUUGUUUAAAUGAAUCUUACAACGACGAUGUCACUCAGGUACACUUUGUUCCUAACCACCCAAACAAGCUUCUUUCAGCUUGCGUAGACGGAUUGAUAUGUCGUUUUAACACUGAAGGUGAUAUCAAUGAGACUGAUCAUCUGGAAUCUGUGAUCAACGUAGGAACUUCAAUUGGCAAAGUAGGUUUCUUUGGGGAUUGCUACAACAAGAUCUGGUGUCUCACUCAUAUAGAAACUCUUAGUGUUUGGAAUUGGGAAGAUGAAAGGUGUGAAAUCAACCUAGAGAAAGCUCGGGAACUCGCAUCUGAUAGCUGGACUCAAGAUAAUGUUGAUUACUUUGUUGAUUGCCAUUGUCCGGGGGGUGAAGACUUGUGGUUGAUCGGUGGAACCUGUGCAGGAACCAUUGGUUAUUUUCCGGUGAAUUGUAAAGGGCCUGGAUCAGUCGGUUCUGCUGAAGCUAUUCUUGGUGGAGGCCACAUAGAUGUAGUAAGGAGCGUUCUGCAGAUGCCAUGCGAGUAUGGAGGCGCUGCAGGGUUAUUUGGAUGGACAGGCGGUGAAGAUGGGCGUCUAUGUUGCUGGAAGUCGGAGGAGAAUCCUACCGAGAUUAACCGGUCUUGGACUUCAAGUGAAUUGGUAGUUAAGCCUCCACGAAACCGCAAGAAAAACAGACACUCUCCUUACUAGAAAACUAGAAGUGUUUCUCUGCGUAUUACGUCUGUAUAACAAGUGAAGAGGACACUCGUCUCUUGCUAUUGAAAAGGCAAAUUGUUUUCCUUAAUGAAAUACUACAGAAAGAUUUCAA